AUGCAAACCACCUCUCUGUCUUCCGCUCCGUCCUCUCGGGCCCCCUCCGCGCCGCCGUCUACACCCCCGCCCCCGCACGUCGCCUUCCCCUCUCUCCGUCGCCGGGACCUCCUCUUGCUCUCAGCGUCGCCUCUUCCCCUCUCGCUCUCUCCGGCGGCCGCCUCGGCGCGCGGGCUGUUCCGCAUGCCGCCGCCGGGGCUGGCGAACCGCUACUUCCUCGUGCGCGCUGGCGAGUCGGUGUACGAGGGGCAGGGACUCCUCCGGACCAACCCCGUCGCCAAGACCUCCGUCGACAGCGGUCUCUCCCCCGCCGGCCUCCGCCAGGCCGCGCGCGCCGCGCUCGAGCUCCGCCGCCUUGGUGCAUGCGAGGACGACUGCUGGAUAUGGCCCUCCAUCACCCAGCGCGCCUACCAGGCCGCCGAGAUCAUCGCUGCCGCCAACAGCAUCAACCGCAGUAAAAUCGUGCCGGAGUAUAGCUUCUUGGACGCGCGGGGGCUGGGUGCGUACGAGGGGAAGAAGUUAGAAGCAUUGCCAGAGGUAUUAUUCAUCCGAUCUUUCGAGCUCCAAGCUAAAUUCUACUAG